GGCCUCCCGGUCUGCUCGCCCGCUGAUUGGUCGGCGGUGAUCGCGCCGCGCUCUCAUUGGCUGUUGGAGUUGGGGCUCUCGGGCAGGCGCCGAGCGGCCCUCAUCGGAUCAUUAUCUGUGGAAGUCUCGAAGCGAGCGGUCUGUUGUCGCCUGCGCGGUCCGCCCGAAGAGUCCAUGUUCUGCAGUAAGGAGCUGCUCCAGUCGAUGGAGGCCAUGUGUGACAGCGUCAACUCUGACGAGCCCCGGGUGCCCGUCAACGGCUCGCCGUCUCCCCCGCCAGUGUCUCCGGCCGCCUCGAACUCUGCCGAGCCGUCUGCCGCCACCCGGCGACUCUCCGGCGACGACUCGGGCAGCGGCAGCGACUCGGGCUCGGCGGCCGGCGGCGGCGGCGGCGGCUCGGCGGCGCGCCGGCCGGCCCGCACCGUGUUCUCGGCCGGUCAAAUGGCCGCCCUGGAGACAGAGUACGCCGCCAACCGGUACCUGAGCACGCCGCAGCGCCGCCAGCUCAGCCAGCGGCUCGGACUGGCAGAGGCCACCGUCAAGGUCUGGUUCCAGAACCGGCGCAUGAAGGAGAAACGCCAGCAGAGCGAGAGCCAGAUGCACUACCUGAGCCACGUGAUGCAGUCGUACAUGUACCAGCUGCAGUGUGCCGGUGUGGUGACGCCGCUGCAGCCGGUGCCGCUGCCGGCCGCCCCCGUCCCCGCCCCCGCCCCCGCCCCCGCCCCCGCCCCCGCCCCGGCCGUCCGUCGGCCGGUGACCUCGCCAGUUGACCUGUGCCGACCGCGGGUCAGGCCGCACGGCGACCUCUUCAGGCCCUACGCCCUGUAGAUCCACCGUCACUGAUUCUAUGUGCAACUCCCCCACUGUUCUACCGCUGUGCACGAUUUCAGUCCGUGCGUGGCCGUGAGUCAUCGUUACCGACACCUGGUAUUAUUCCUCGCACCGUUCCCGAUCAUCCGAUGUCGGCGUUAUGUGAUGUUGGAGCCGUUCGCGUUGUUUGCUGCGCCUUGUGCGCGGCUGUGUGUGCUCGUGUUUGUGUCUUUGCAGAGUUUAAAUAACCGUUAGCUGAGGUAGUAAAUGGGAGUUUAAGAGCACUGCGUAAGCUAUGUGACGCACUGUCUGCCGGAAGCGGUAGGUUUAUGGCCCGCUGUUGGCGGAAACGAUCGGAAAUGCUGGUCGCCGAAAUUGGCCGAUAGUAGUGCUGAUUUCUCAGAGCGAUUGUGAUGCUUCCGUGACGAAGCCAUGAGCGUACCGGCUGGAUGGGAACUCGGCCUGUGACGCCGGCCCCCGGCCCCUGUCUCGGUCGAUGACGUGUCUCACUCUAAGUGCGUACGUGUGAAUAAAUACAGAGACAGAGAGAU